UUCUUUCUUCUGCUUUUUUUUAAUUGUUUAUAUUAUAUAUUUCUACUUUAUAUGUUCUCCCCCACCGUAGCAGGCUGGGGGCUUCCACCGUCCAAUGUCUCUAUUCCAAUCCACCGCCGUUGAUGAACUCCCCAACGGCUACGAUUACCACCGUCUUUCUUCUAAACGUAAGUUCGACGAUUACGCCUUUGCUUUCGAUGACGACCAGGAAGACGAUGGGGAGGGUACUUUAGUCCCCGUCAGGAUGCGAAAAGACGAUCAUACCCAUCAAGGCGCGCACCUAAUCACAGCCGUUCAUCACUCGUCUAAAGCGCCGGCUUCUUCUUUCUCCUCCGCCUCCUUCGUCGAUUCCCGCCCUUCUUCCUCCUCCGAUGUUGCCUCUUCCUCGUCUGCCGGGUGUUCCUCUUCCCGCCUUCAAUUCUUCGUCCGGAUGAUCUCAGAAGGUAAAACCAUUGUCGUCCAGUCUAAUUCGGAGGACACUGUGAAAUCCCUUCACCAGAGGAUUCAGGUUAUGACAGGAAUUCCGGUGAUCGAGCAGCGGUUAAUUUAUGGCGGGAAACAGCUCCAGUGGGAGCAAACCCUAGCUGAUUGCGCCAUCCAAAAUGACGCCGGACUACAACUGGUCGGUCGUAUGCGGUCGACUGAUCACCCGCAAACCUGGCAGGUAAUGGAUGAUAUGAUCUCCCUGAUUUGCCGCCUUUGCCGAGGAGAAGCAGUCCCUUCCUCGACGAAACGUAUCAAAGACUGCUUGAUCAACUUUUUUACUAUUACUCCAAAGGACAAUAACGACUCGGCUACCGCUCACUUGCAGAUAUUUAUGGCUUCUUCGGCUCCUGCUGCAUUGGUAAUGCUUUAUAUGUCUCCGAUUAAUAGUAAUAAGCAGUGUGCUGAUGCUUCAAUAAGACAUUUCUUAACUUCAUGUAGGAGUGUAUUAUCAAAGCAUUUGCAUUCUUAUUGUGCACCCAUAGUGUUAGAGUUCUGCAAGUUACUAAGGAAGUUCGUUAAUGAGGAUAAUUUGUAUGAGUCGUGCCGGGGUGCACUUGGGGUGUUGUUGGAAAGUGUUGGUACUUCCAGGGGUUUAAUGCUGUCAGAGGUUAAAGGGUUGAUUGCCUUGCAAGACAUCAUCCCUUUUGUUAGUGAGUUGGCUGAUAAGCUAUCUAGGGACUUGGAAUCUAGUGUGCAUUCUAGUGGGGGACCGUUGUUGAGUGACGUGAGGGAUUUCACAGCAUUCUUGAACCCUUUGCGGUCAACCAUUCUUGAGCGAGUGGGGUACCGGAUUCCCAUAUCAGUUGAGUGGCAAAAGAAGGAUCUCAGCAAUCCUCCCUAUGGGGAGGCAAUGGAGUUUCUUCAUGCUGUAUUUAGUGAUUUGUUGGCUAAAAUGGAAAGAUGUCUUAUCAGAGUGGGGGAAAGCCUUGCUGCAAGUGGAAGCAGUGAAGGUGAAUUUCUUCAUACAGAGUGGUGGUCUCAGUAUCUUGCCAUUUUAAAGGAACUGAAUGGAAUCUCAAAACUUUAUCUGGGUGCUGAAGAGCAGUUUUGGAUGGUUUUGAGGAAUAGUAAAUCUUCGUUGUGUGCCUUAAUUAUUAGGAUUGCAAAGCGAAAUGAUGAUAACCUGUGGCUACUUGAGCACAAGGAUGCCACUGAUUUUGAAUCCAGGAGGCAUUUGGCCAUGAUGAUGUUUCCUGAAGUAAAAGAAGAUUACGAGGAAUUGCAUGAGAUGCUCAUUGACAGGUCUCAGUUAUUGUCAGAAUCAUUCGAGUACAUUGCUCGUGCUGACCCUGAAUCACUGCAUGCUGGCAUAUUCAUGGAAUUUAAAAACGAAGAAGCUACUGGCCCUGGCGUACUGAGGGAGUGGUUUUUCUUGGUAUGCCAGGCUAUAUUUAAUCCAGAGAAUGCCCUUUUUGUGCCUUGCUCAAAUGAUUGUAGAAGAUUUUUUCCUAAUCCUGCAUCUAGGGUGGAUCCUUUGCACCUUGAGUAUUUCAGAUUUGCUGGCCGUGUGAUUGCAUUAGCAUUGAUGCAUAAAGUGCAAGUAGGUGUCGUCUUCGAUCGUGUAUUUUUCCGACAACUGGCUGGAAUGCAUAUAUCAGUGGAAGAUAUACGAGAGGCAGAUCCAUGCUUGUAUAGCAGCUGCAAGCAGAUUCUAGAGAUGGAUGCUGAUUUUAUUGAUUCAGAUGUUUUAGGACUGACAUUUGUCAGAGAAGUUGAGGAGUUGGGAUCCAGGAGACUUGUUGAGCUUUGUGAUGGUGGGAAAAACCUUGUUGUAAAUAGCAAGAAUAGGCAGGAAUAUGUUAAUCUUCUUAUUCGGGAUCGCUUUGUAACAUCUAUUUCUGAACAGGUAGACCAAUUUUCCCAAGGUUUUGGCCAUAUUCUUUCUAACUCAAGGCUCCAGAAGCUCUUUUUCCAAAGUUUAGAGCUCGAGGACCUUGAUUGGAUGCUAUAUGGAAGUGAAAGUCCCAUUUGUGUUGAAGACUGGAAGGCACAUACCGAGUACAACGGCUACACAGAAAAUGAUCCUCAAAUAACCUGGUUUUGGGAGAUUGUUAGGGAAAUGUCAGCAGAGCAAAGAAAGGUACUUCUUUUCUUCUGGACCUCCUUGAAGCAUCUUCCAGUUGAAGGUUUCCGUGGUUUAGCCUCUCAGCUCUAUGUUUACAAGUCCUCGGAGCCCCAUGAGCGUCUCCCUUCUUCUCAUACCUGCUUUUACCGGUUGUGUUUCCCGCCGUAUCCCUCCAAGGCUGAAAUGCAAAAACGACUUUAUUUCAUUACUCAGGAACAUGUCGGCUGCAGCUUCGGUAACUGGUAGUAAAAACAUGAGUACAUUUGCAUUUGGGGUGUAAAAAAGGGUUUUUGACAUACAUAAACAUUGGUACUCAGCUCUGUACAGGUUCGUAGGAUAAUUGUCAUCCGCUUUGCCAUUAGACUAUGUAAGAAGGUCAAGUAGUUAAAUUGUCAUUCCUUCUUGAGAUGUC